UAUAUAUUAAUUGUCUUAUUAUUUACUUAUUACUUAUGUGCCCUAUAGAUCGGAGAAGACCUCUUGUUCCCGUAUAUACUAUUAAUACUAUUGAAGAACCACUUCAAGCAUAUUUCUGUCAAAAGCUAAAUGCAUUCUUUAAUUUGGAUCACCGCACUAUAAUUUGUGAAGCCUGUUUCAACGAGAUCAACGGAUCCGACGGCAGCGAAUGGCACAAAGUAUUUAAACACUGCGUAGCAGUAAACGGCUUUGUACUAACCAUUAAUUGUGACAACUGCCAGGUUUACCACAUGUUAAUAAUAUUCGCGCUCAUAACUGGCACAUCAUCAAUCAUCGCUUACGACUGUGGAGGCGCUUAUUUAAAUUUAACAACAGUCUCGCUCCUGCGAUCGGGAGAAUGCGAUAUACACAUGGAAACACCUGUCGCAACAAACACGUAUAUACAAUUGUUACAACUAUCCACUUACACUCACACCGAAAUUAUACAAUGUAAAAUCGAAAUCACGCGAACCAUAAGCCACUGCGGUAUGCAUUCGCAUAUAUCAGCCGUACAUAAGGGACAAGCUAGUUACUUGCAAGAGACCUCGCGUCUUAGAUGUGUAGAAAUGCACAAAUUGGGAAUAUUAAAAAUUGGAGUAUCUGAAAUAAUGGAUAACUUAAAAUCGAAUCAUACGUAUUAUCGUAGUUUUACUCUUGCAGGUAAGGUGAAUACGGACGGUACGUGCAAAGGCAUUUCAUAUUCAGAUUAUUACGGUAGUUGGGACGACGUCAUUGUACAAGCGUCGGCAAAAAUAACGAUGAAAUCCUCUUAUGUACCCGUGAGCUUAGAAACAGGGAAAAUUAUACUAAAAUCAGGAACUAUUUGUAACUUAGCAGAUGAACACUGUGUUGACUCUGAAGAUGGUUAUACCUUCUGGAGCAGUAUACCGAAUACUGCUUGCAAUUUCAAUAAUUACGACGUACUUUAUGAAGGUACUGCAACUAAAAUACAAGGCCUCCUUAAUUCCCAGAAUACUACAGUCGUUACACUAGAAUCACAAGAAACAACAUUUUCACUAACACUCACACGACCACACACUAUCUGUGGAUACACGCUUUACAGUACAGAACACCCUAAAUUAUUUAUUUUCGAAACACAAAAAGGAAACACUUUCAAAACGAAAACAGAAACAGCAGUCAAUAAUCUCGAUCUUUUUACAUAUGUAAAUUCUAAAUUUGUAUACGUAGAAAGAUACAUUAGAAAUCAAAUUACAACUUUAUAUAAGGAUAUCAUUAUGCAAAAAUGCGAGUUGGAAAAACAGGUGAUACAAAAUACGUUGUCACUUGCUGCAAUUUUACCAGAUGAAUUCGCAUACAGAAUUAUGAAGUCACCUGGCUAUAUGGCCGUGACAUCCGGCGAAGGAAUACACAUUGUCAAAUGUAUUCCAAUAGAAGUUAUAUUAAGAAAAACCAACUCUUGCUAUAGUGAACUGCCGAUUACAUUUAGAAACACAUCACUAUUCAUGACACCCAAAUCACACAUUGUUAUUAAACACGGUACACUCAGAGACUGUAAUCCUCUCCUACCCAUCAUUUACAACAUAGAAAACACAUGGCUCCAAUUUAAUCCUGCCCCAUCCUUAGUACAUACUCCUAUAGAAAUUAAACCUAUGACUAAAUUAUCCUGGAGUUACCUAGCACCCAAGGCCUUAGCAACUAGCGGAAUUUACACACAAAAAGAUUUAGACAAUCUAAGAGAUCAUAUCAUGUUCCCCGCGGAGAAAAUAGCCGUACUUCAUACCAUCGCCAGAGGAUUCACAGGACAAACCUUUCAAUCCGACACAGUAUCGUUGCAAGAUCUAUUAGAUGAAAACUCAUUAAACAAAAUAUACAGUAACACGUUAACCAAGAUUUGGGAUGGUUUUACUACCUUCGGCGCUGCGACAGCCGGAGUAUUUGGCAUAUUUAUUAUUAUAAGAAUUAUAAAAAUUGUAUUUGAUACACUUAUACAUGGUUAUGCGUUACACGCUGCAUAUGGAUGCAGUCUACAUUUACUAGGAGCCAUAUGGAGUUCUUUUACACACUUACUUUUAUAUCUUGCGAAUAGACCACAAACAGACACAAACACACCGACAACACCGAAAGAAACCUGCGACCAAAAUACAGAGACUAGUGCGCCGCCGAACGAACCACAGGAAAUUCCAAUCGUUUAUACAUUUAGGGACUUACGUGCCAGAUUAGAUGAAUAAAUUUCUCCAUAUUCAUUCUGAAAUUUAAUUUAAGGGGGGUGGUGUGACGUCCCCGCAUAUUUUUGAUUUCUAUAAAUAAUGAUAAAUAAAUAUAACAUAUGUAGCGGACGUUUUCUAAAUUCAUAUGUAUAAAUUUUAAAGUAUUAUUCAAUAAUUAAAUUUUGAUCACCCGGUAUAUAGACUUAACGUAUAUGCUCCCGCACAUAUGACUAAUAAAUAAGGCACUGAGAUUUAUUCAUCUAAAAAAUAGUAGUAAGAUAGAAUUAAUUAAUUUUAGGACACCUAGUAUAUAA